AGCGGACUCCUCACGGUUGUGGAGCAGCGGGUCAGUCUGGACGGAGCGGCAGGAGGACGGAGUUAGAGCCGACUCUCUGCAUCUUUGUGACGGACUCACUCCUCACUGCUGCCGCGGGGCAUGCUGGAAUUCACCUGGAGCUGGACCCAGACUGGACCCGACUGGUCCCAGACCGGUUUACCGGAUUAAUUUCCCUGUGAGUCCGCAGGAGGACCGUGAGACCACCGGUUGAUACUUGGAGCUUCGGAGACCAGUCUGUGGAUCCGGGUCUGGAUCCACUUUCUAACCCGGGUCCGUGUAACCCAGGAUUAUCUUCCCGGGUUCCUGUAGACCCUCUUCCGGACCCUGAUGCUGCAGAGACCCUGAGGUCCCAGCGGACGGUCUGACGGACGACAUGCCGCUGUCCGCCACCAGAGCGGCAGCCUCCGCGGAGGCGGUGGAGCGGCAGCGUCAGAUGCGGCAGCGGCUGGAGGCCUCCGUGUCCGGGCUCGAGGAGCUGGAGCACCUGCGGCAGCAGCAGGAGGUGCUGGUCCGGGGGGCGCUGGAGCUCCGGGAGGAGGAGCAGGAGGAGCGGCGGAAGGAGGAGAAGCUCCUGGAGGAGAACAUCCUGCUGCUCAGGAAACAACUGAACUGUCUGAGGAGGAGAGACGCUGGACUCAUCAGUCAGCUGCAGGAGCUGGACCGGCAGAUCUGUGACCUGCGAUUGGACAGCGAGGCGUCACAUGACCAGUUGGAGACGGACAGCCGACCCAGUUCAGGUUUCUAUGACUUGAGUGACGGAGCAUCUGUCUCUCUCUCCAACUCGUCAAACUCCGUCUUCAGUGAGUGUUUCUGUUCCAUGAAUGAAGCUGAUGGACAUCUUCUGUCUGCAGAUGAGCUGGCCAGCUGUUUGGACUGUGACGGUUUGGUCGGAGGACUUUGUGACGAGUCGUCCUCUGGUCUGGUCCGUCGCUCGCUCUCAGCUCCUCACCCGGCCUCCCUGGACCCGGUCUCAUCGGUGGACUCCCAGUCUAAGUACCACUGCGACCUGGUGGCCCGAAAUGGCAGCGAUGUGUAUCGCUACCCGAGCCCGCUGCACGCCGUGGCCGUCCAGAGCCCCGUGUUCCUGCAGAUGUUGGGUCACGGUGGUCCCGGUAGAGACGAAGGCCUUCUAAAAAGCGUUGAAGGACUCGAACCAGAAUCCUCACCCCUUUCUGCUUCUGAUGCAGCUCCUCUUAUAGCUCCUCUUGUAUCUCAGAGCUCCUCCUGGCCGGCCUCCUCUUCUUCCUCUCAGACUCCUUCCUAUAAGCAACUGGACAGCUACAUCUACAGUCUGCUGCAGCGGAGGGCCCUGCCCGUCAGGACCAGCAGACCCAGGACCAGUAUCAGCGCCGACACGUCAAAGAGCAUCCUGAGGCAGGCCAGUCUCUGUGUGAGGCAGUUCUCUGGGUCUGGUUUCGGGACUCUGAGGGGGUCUGAAUUAAAACCCUCUGUACCGACCGGAGGAGUGUCGGCAGGGGGCGUCGCCACCUCGUCUCCUCAGAGGCAGCGGUCUGUGGACAGUAGAUCUGAGGAGCAGGAGACCCAGAAGGUUUUCUCUGAAUGCAGCGUUGACUCAAUGCAAAAUGUCUUCAAGAUAAACAUUGAUCCAAGCAGCAACGGUCUGUUACAACAGAAAAGCAAAACACUUCUUCCUCCCUCACCAGCAUCCACAGCUACUCUGCCUCAAGACUCCCCCAAAGAGACCAAGCAGCCAUGUUACUCUCCAGACCUGCUCCUCAAAUCACCACCGGCCAUCAAAACAGCUACUCCCAAUAACAGCCCGAAUCCUCCACAAACUGUCCAGACAGAGAAAGUCGAUAGGUCAGUGCCGGAGGUAGCCGGUCGAGGUUCCUCCUCCCAGAGUCAGGAUGAAGGAGGAGGAGGAGGGAGUCACAUGGUUAACACCAAGUGCAUUACCGCUCAGCGGUACACCGUCAAACUCCGCAAGGGAGGCAGCAAGAAUUUGAAGAUGGUGAAGGUGAAGACCACCACGACGAUGAGGACGAGUCGGGCCUCUGAACACAACGAGCCUUCGUCAGAGAGAAGAGGCGACAAAUCCCACCACAGGCCCAGUUCUAAAAAGUCCCGGCUUUUGGACGACAAAAGCUUCGUCAACAUCAAUGUCUCCAAGAGAGCAGCCGGCGGCGUUCACGGCGCGUCCACCUCCAGGAUCAAACGCCUUCCCGCGUCCAUCCCAGAGGGCCGAGUUGUGGACAAACGAAUCGCAUCAACAGUAAGCAGUGUGCAGUCUGGUGCAUCCAGGCACCAUUACCAUGGAAACCACCACCACCACGGACGCGACCAGGUCGUGGUCGUCGCCAAACCGAAGUACAAACGAAACGACUACCGGAGGUUGCGUGCAAUCAUGGAGGUACCGAACGACGAGGCAUUCAGGCGCACUCAGCGGCGGCAGAGAAAGGAGCUGUUAAGCCCUUCAACAGCCAAUGUGUUCCUCCCCCCCACCGAACAGGUGAGCAGCCCGUAUUCCUACGUGGCAGGAAGUGACUCUGAGUAUUCGGCCGAGUGCGCGUCUCUUUUUCACUCCACCAUCGUCGACACCAGUGAGGACGAGCGGUCCAACUACACCACAAACCGCUUCGGAGACAGUGAGUCCGGUGAGGAGGAGGAGGAGUUCGUGGAGGAGAGCACCGCCACCAGUGACACGGAGGAGAGCGGAGGAGGCGGGGCCGGUGGUGGGACAGGUGGAAUGGGCCGGGGGCGGAGCCAGUUAGGGGCAGCUGUCCAGGAAAUGACUCCGGCUCAGGCGAAGGCCUUCGUUAAGAUCAAGGCCUCCCACAACCUGAAGAAGAAGAUCCUCCGGUUCAGGUCGGGUUCUCUCAAACUCAUGACCACCGUGUGAGAACAAACUGGACCACAGCCAUAUCUGUUGAGGGGCCCUGAACCCGAACCCGGUACUCUUACAAAGUGGACAAAACUCUUUUCUACGCUGACACUUCAACCAUCCCAACGAGAUGACGCCCAACCAGUUAUCCAUCUUUGUAAAAAGCAUGUGUGACAUUUACUAUCUCCUUCACAUUCUGUCAUACGCUGUAGUUUUUAGUCCGGAGGUAAAAGGUGGCGCCUUCAAACUCGGCCUUCCUUGUUCGCCAGUGGAGUCCAUCAGAGCGACCCGGGAUCAGGAGGAGGUCCGUCUCCUCCGUUGUGAUGCCUACAUACUGAGAAGGGAACGGGGAGGAAACUUGUGGAGAAUUAUUUUACAGUUACAUAAACAUCUUGAACUGCAAACACGUAAUCUUAUCGACUUCCUGUGCCUGAAUUUACCUUCAUGUGGAUCAUUUCGGCUUCUCAACAUGGAAAUUUGAGGAAGUUCAAGUGGUUUAACUCGGAGGAGGCCGGGCCACAACCCACCAUCACUGGGCUGUUCAUAUUUUAUGCCGUGUAGCCUGAACUCAUAAGUUCCUGUUUUAGAGAUUACAUGAAAGAGGUUUUUGCUCACUUUUGAAAACACAUUUUUAAGAUUUUAGUGUCAUAAACCAGUGGUUUUGGAUCAAACUGUGUCUUUGUGCAAGUUUCUGGUUCUGAGAAGCAGCCAAUCAAGAACCCCCCCACUGCCUGCAUUCAGGAUGCAGCAUUUGGAUUCAACCAAUCAGAUUGGCUCCCUUUACUUUACUCCCUCUUUCCCGCCUGACUGACCUGAGAGAAGAAUCCAAAGUCUCAGUCCGCUUCAAACUGAAUCGUUGUCUUUCUAUCUGCCGUCACAGCCUCCUUGAUACCGGGGUCAUAUCAAGCUGUAGAAACACUGACUUAUGGGUAAUCCAGCCAGACUUUGUGGCCUCGAGGUCAUGAACCACACAAAUGUGGAAAAAAGAGCCACACUGAGAGCCAACAAGCGUUUGGUUUUAAGCCUCCUGAGGUCUUUGGUGUUUCUCUGGUAGAAGAACUUCAGGGCAUUCGUCAAACGUCUCUUUAGACGUGUCUUAAUAUCUCCAGAAGGUUCUUCAGAUGUUCCUGCGUUGUGUUCAGGGUUGAGGUUGAAUGUAAAGCUCUUUAUUUGCGGACAGGACAGACGGUGUCCGUUGGUACCCUGUUGAUCUCUGAUUGGUUUAAAGCCUUCUUUUGUAUUUAUUGUCACCAACACGCCAAACGUCUGUAAAUGUUUCUCUUUUUAUGACACAGUCCUGUUUUACCUUGUUAUGUUUUGAUGAAAGCUAUUUAAACCUAAUAUAUUUGCUUGCUACUCAUUGGAUACCACACGAUAACAUUUAUACACCAAGUCUGAAAGUGUUUCUUUACCACAUGAUCACCUGUUUAUGCAGCAUUUAGGUGUUUGGGUGAAAACCAGACUGUUGUUGUUUUUUUA